ACACCACCUAUACUAUUUCAAUGUUUGAAUUGUUGUUUCAUAUUUUUGUAUUAAAAUUAUCUUGCAAUAAAUUCGGGACAAAGUUCUGAAGACAAAGUUCAUGGCAGCUUCAAAUCUGGGCAAAAUAAAAUACUAAAUUUUGUGCUUCUUUGAAAUGAUUUUUCUCUUUAAUUUCAUGCCAGAGUGUGCACUGUAAAUCAUGUUUUCCAUACUAUCAUAAAUUCUCCGAGCCUUGUAAUUCUGUUGCAGAUGAGAUGGCCACGCCAGAACCAGUACAGGAAAGCUUGAUGCUGGAACCCAGUAAGCCUCGGGUCCUCCUUGCUGCUUCAGGAAGUGUGUCUGCUAUAAAAUUUCAGAGCCUUUGUCGUAUCUUCUCUGAGUGGGCGGAAGUCCGUGCUGUGGCCACCAAGUCCUCAUUGCACUUCAUUGAUAGAUCAUCUCUUCCUAGUGACGUCAUUCUGUACACUGAUGAUGAUGAAUGGUCUAGCUGGAAGAAGAUCGGGGAUGAGGUUCUACACAUAGAACUGCGGAAGUGGGCAGAUAUCAUGGUGAUUGCUCCCUUAUCUGCAAAUACUCUGGCCAAGAUUGCUGGUGGGUUGUGUGAUAACCUGCUGACAUGCAUAGUGCGGGCGUGGGACUACAAGAAGCCGCUCUUUGUUGCACCAACCAUGAACACCUUCAUGUGGAACAACCCGUUCACACAGCGCCACAUCGAGAUAAUCAAUCAACUUGGUAUAUCUUUGGUCCCACCCAUUACGAAAAGGUUGGCCUGUGGGGACUAUGGGAAUGGCGCAAUGGCUGAACCUUCGCAGAUCCAUACGACAGUGAGGCUUGCGUGCAAGUCGCAAACAUUUGGUACAGGCAGUCCAUCUGUGAUUCCUUCUAGCAGCAACCCUGUGUAGC